AUGCCCGAAGUUAUCGACGAUACGGCAGUGCACCUCGGUGAGGUUGACAUUGACCUUGACGUGCAAGAGAUCCUCCUCGCCGCAUCGCAGCAUGACCAGCCCAAGCUGCGCCAGCUACUCCGCACCCAGUCCACCCUUCCAGAUGGCGCAAACGUGAAAGACUCCGAGACCGGCUUCUCACCUCUGCACGCCGCAAUCGCCGCCUGCGAGCCCGAUACAGAGACCCUCGGCACGAAUGGCGCACUUAUUUCAGACUCGAACCCCAAUGACCUAGACGCUGAGACCGUGAAAUCAGCAGUGGAGACAGUCAAGUUCCUCCUGCAGGAGGGCGCUAUCUGGAACGAUCUUGAUGCGAAAAACGAGACACCCGGUUGCAUCGCGCGCCGCAUUGGCGCUCUUGAGCUAUACGAGUUAAUUGUUGACGCAGGUGUCCGCGCAGAGUUGCUGCUGAACCGCCUCGACGCGUACGAGGAGCUAUCUGACGACGACGACGAAGAGGAGGAAGCCGAGGUUGAGACCGAGACUGCACCGGAACUCAUCGAUGCCUCUGCCGAAGCCACAACGGAAACCACAACCACAACCACCCCUGCCAACCCCGAAGUGUCCAACUCACAGUAUCUGGAGUCGCGUCUGAACAUCUCGAGCGACCGGAUUCUGGACGCAGACCAGAACGGCGUGAUGAUGCGGUGGGAAAGCGAUAUCAUGCGCAAGUCCGCAACAGCGCUGCUUCCGACACCCGGGCUGAAAGUUCUAAACAUCGGUCACGGGAUGGGCAUUGUGGACGGAUUUUUCCAGGAGCAAGGACCGGCUGUGCACCACAUUGUCGAAGCGCACGAAGAGGUCGUUACGGAGAUGAAGCGACGCGGGUGGGAUACUAAGCCCGGUGUUGUUAUCCACCAGGGUCGCUGGCAGGAUAUUCUUCCUGGUCUUGUGGCGGCUGGGGAGACGUUUGAUGCGAUCUACUACGAUACAUUUGCUGAGUCGUAUAGUGAUUUCCGGGACUUUUUCUCUGAGCAGGUGAUUGGGUUAUUGGAGCAGGAUGGUCGGUGGGGAUUCUUUAAUGGCAUGGGUGCUGAUCGCCAGAUCUCAUAUGAUGUCUACCAGAAGGUGGCGGAGAUGGAUCUCUUCGAGGCUGGGUUUGAUGUGCAGUGGGAGGAGAUCGCCGUGCCCAAGUUGGAUGGUGAAUGGGAGGGUGUGCGUCGGGCUUACUGGGUUGUUGAUCAUUAUAGAUUGCCACUGUGCAAGUUCAUGGAUUAA